AGAAAUGUUGGUACAAAUAUAAAUAACGUCUGCGCCGCGCGCAUCUAUGCGCUUCUCCUCCGCCGUGGCUCCAUCCCCCACCACUCGACUGCAAGCUAGCGCUCAGCCGAAUUGCACGAACUUUACGAGAGUUUUUCGCAUGUAAUGCACGAUGUAAACUUUUCAAAACUUUUUUUUUUAAAUUAUAAUCAGACUUGCGGUAACUCAUACAGGCCUUCUGGAAAAAAACGCACUGCGAAAUUUGAAUCGCGAUUUUGAGAAAAAUAAUUAUCCGACAGCACUCGCCCUUCGCACACAUAAAGAACUCGAUAAUAUCUAAGUUUUCCCAAAAUUUGAGAGCUUAAGCUAAAAAAUGGACGGAGCUAUAAAGCGCCUAAUGUUCCGGUUUUUCCGAAUUUCCUCCGGACCUUAUUAUCUGAUUGAGACGUUCGACAUCUCAUUUUGUAGGCAUUUUUAUUCUCUACAAAUUAUCUUGUUGGGACAUUCCGAUUGCUUUAUUAGUUUAAAAGUUAAAAGCAAAAAAGACAAAAAUCGCGUUUUUUGCAAUAAAUCAUUAAUAACUAGCAUAUGAAGCGGAAAUGCUAGUGAAAAACACAUAUCUGUUAAUCUACUCAUCAUCUUUUAUAUAAUCGUACAAUCGGUUUCCUGCUAGUCUUUUUGUUACGAUAACGCAGUUUUCAAUCUCUACAGCUUGGCCGAAAAGUGAUAAUGGAAAUGAACGCUUAACGAAUGAUGAUGAUGAUAGUAUUCAAAGUAAUACAGAUUAUAUGAAAGUAAUAACAUAAUAUAUUUCUCAAUCGAUUAAUGUUUCCAUCCGCAAAUCUGAAAGUGCGUAAUAGCAAUUGAAAGCGCAUUUGGAAUUUAUUAAAAUGUUCAAUCUGUGUGCUGGUAAAUACUUUAAAGGUCUUAAUCUUUCUUAACACAUAAUAUCAAAAUGUUUUUCCUCGCAACAAGAAUAUUUAAAGUAUCAUUAUUAUUAUAAAGAAUGUUCCGAGUCAAUAGUAUACUCCAUAAGUGCAACAGAAACAGUUAUGAGUCGAAAUUUUGUGUGCUAAAAGUGCGAACAUAGAAAUGUUUUAGAAGCUGUUCCUCUAAAUUAUUUUAUAUUGGGAUCUGGAGUAAUAAAAGCAGGUUUUGCCGGAGAUCAAAUUCCUAAAUGCAGAUUUCCAAACUUCAUUGGAAGACCUAAACAUACUCGAGUAAUGGCUGGUGCAUUAGAGGGAGAUAUCUUUGUUGGACCCGUAGCUGAAGAACAUCGUGGAUUAUUAUCCCUUCGAUAUCCGAUGGAGCAUGGUAUAGUCAACGAUUGGAACGAUAUGGAACGCAUAUGGUCUUAUGUUUAUAGCAAAGAUCAAUUGUCUACAUUUAGCGAAGAACAUCCGGUACUAUUAACGGAAGCUCCUUUAAAUCCGUGGAAAAAUCGUGAAAAGGCGGCUGAAUUAUUUUUUGAAUCUUUUAACGUUCCAGCUCUUUUCGUUUCAGUUCAGGCAGUCCUAAGUUUAUACGCGACCGGAAGAACUACAGGUGUAGUAUUAGAUUCUGGCGAUGGUGUAACUCAUGCUGUACCAAUUUAUGAGGGAUUCGCUAUGCCGCAUAGCAUAAUAAGAAUAGAUAUAGCUGGCAGAGACGUAACAAAAUAUCUCAAAUUACUGUUAAAAAAAGAAGGUAUCAACCUAAGUACAACUGCUGAAUUUGAAAUUGUUAAGACCAUAAAAGAAAGAGCCUGUUAUUUAGCAAGUAAUCCUCAAAAAGAAGAAUCUGUAGAUGCAGAAAAAUUUUUGUUUAGUUUGCCUGAUGGACAUCACGUAGAGAUUGGACCAGCACGAUUCCGUGCUCCUGAAGUACUUUUUCGCCCUGAUCUAAUUGGCGAGGAAUUUGAAGGGCUCCAUGAAGUUCUCAUGUAUUCUAUACAGAAAUCUGAUUUGGAUUUGAGAAAAAUCCUGUUUCAAAACAUUGUUUUGUCUGGUGGAUCCACAUUGUUUCGGGGAUUCGGAGACAGAUUACUCUCAGAGAUCCGCAGAAUGGCACCGAAGGAUGUAAAAAUAAGGAUAUCUGCACCGCAGGAGCGUUUGUACAGCACAUGGAUAGGCGGCUCUAUUUUGGCAUCACUAGACACGUUUAAAAAAAUGUGGGUUAGUAAACGAGAAUAUGAUGAAGAAGGACGACGUGCAAUACAUCGAAAAACAUUCUAAAUAUAAUUCUAAUUUUAUAAUUUGGUACUAUGUUUAUACAAAAAAACACAUGGAAAGAGAAUUGUAACUUUGUUUUUAAAUUUAUAUUUACAAUAAUUGAGACAUACCAUGGAUAAAUAUUUGAUACAAACUGUUCUGUUGUUAAGGAAGCUUGUAUUUCAAAAAGUAUAUUAAUUAAAAUAAUUACAUAUGUAGUAUA